AGCAAACGAAACCAUCAAAAGAGUUGAAACAAUGGGAGCAGAAGAAGCAAGCAAGGAUCAGCAGCAAGGGCCCAUCUCUUCCAUGGACAUGUCCCUAGAGCUUGGAUACAAGCAGCUAUCCCCUGAUUCCAUGGACGACGAUGGUCGUCCCAGAAGAACUGGAACGCUGUGGACGGCGAGCUCUCACAUAAUCACGGCGGUGAUCGGCUCCGGAGUUCUGUCUCUGGCUUGGUCCAUUGCUCAGCUAGGAUGGAUAGCAGGCCCGAUUGCAAUGCUUAUCUUUGCUUUUGUUACAUACUACACCUCCUCCCUCCUCGCAGACUGCUACCGUUCCGGCGAUCCCAUCACCGGAAAGCGUAAUUAUACUUACAGGGAGGUCGUCCGGAGCAAUCUCGGUGGGUUUAAGGUUAAGAUCUGUAGCUACAUGCAGUACAUCAACCUCUUUGGUACUGCGAUUGGGUACACCGUUGCAGCUUCCAUUAGCAUGACGGCAAUAAAGAGAUCAAACUGUUUCCACAAGAACGGCGAGGACAGCCCCCGCCACACCUCCAAAACCAACAAAGCAUUGAGGAGGUGGGGUUGGGAUACAUUUGGAAAUGUGUUUUCCAAUAUGCUAUCUGCUGAAAAAGAGGUUGAGAGACUUGAAGCUGCUGCUCAGAAUAACCAUGCCACUGAAACUGAUUUGCUGAUUGCCCAGACUAAACUGAAUAAAGCCAUUGAUAUUUAG